AUGGGUAGCUCGGAGUAUGAGACAAUAAGGGAAACGGAGAAGCAGUACAGUCAGACUGAUCUAUCCACCAGAGUGCAGUUGCUAUUCCAGUUGUCCCUCGAUCGAACGGCGGAAGCCGAGGUGAGCCGCAUCACAGUCUGUAAUAUCCGAGGGUGCCUGUAA